GCAAGCCACACGAAGAGGUGUGGUUUUUGAGUAAACACAGGAGCUAGCUAGUGCCAGUGCAGGAUCUAAAGUAAUGGCUACCCUUACAGAGCUGUGUGGUGGACUGCCAUUGGAUCCACUCCCUCCCCUCAGACCCAGAGAUCCCAGUAUUCCUCAUGCUCCCACUAGAACACCAAAUCUAUCAACUGAUGAAAAAAAACUUGCCCUGACUAAUGCCCUCCGCUACUUCCCUCCCCACCUCCAUGAGGUGUUGGCGCUCGAGUUUGCACGAGAGUUGAAGGAGUAUGGUCAUAUCUAUAUGUAUCGUCUCCGACCCGUGCUGGAGAUGAAGGCGUAUCCAAUCCACGAGUACCCGGCAAAGUGCCGCCAAGCAGCUGGGAUGAUGCACAUGAUCAUGAAUAACCUGGAUCCUCGUGUGGCUCAGUUUCCAGAAGAGUUGGUGACGUAUGGAGGUAAUGGUCAGGUGUUCUCCAACUGGGCCCAGUUCUGGCUGAUGAUGUACUACUUGUCUGUGAUGGAGGAGGACCAGACCUGUGUGCUCUACUCUGGCCAUCCUAUGGGACUCUUCCCCUCACACUCUCUAGCCCCUCGCUGUGUCAUCUCUAAUGGAAUGGUCAUUCCAAACUACUCGUCCAGAGAAGAAUAUGAGAAAGGUUUUGCACUGGGAGUGACAAUGUAUGGUCAGAUGACAGCUGGGAGCUACUGUUACAUAGGCCCUCAGGGGAUCGUCCAUGGAACUACACUGACCGUACUGAAUGCUUGUCGCAAGUACCUGAGCAGCAAUGACCUGACAGGGAAGGUGUUCCUCACUUCAGGACUGGGGGGAAUGAGUGGGGCCCAAGCCAAGGCCUCGGUCAUUGCAGGCUGCAUUGGAGUCAUUGCUGAGGUAAACCCAGUUGCCCUGAUGAAGCGUUACAAUCAAGGCUGGCUCAUGGAGUGGACUGAUGACCUGGAUGCAUGUAUUGACAGGAUCAGGAGGGCAAGGAGAGAGUGUCAGCCACUGAGUCUGGGCUUCCUGGGAAACAUCGUUCUCUUGUGGGAGAGGGUACUGAUUGAGUACGAGCGUACAGGAGAGCUACUCGUGGAGUUGGGCUCUGAUCAGACUAGUCUACACAACCCAUUCGGGGGUGGCUACUAUCCAGUACAGCUCAGCUUUGAAGAGGCUAAUGACUCCAUGGAGAAUGACUCAGACAGAUUCAGAGAGCUCGUGCAGAAGAGUUUGGUGCGACAGGUACGUGCCAUCAACAAGCUGGCUGAAGCUGGGCUACACUUCUGGGACUAUGGCAAUGCAUUCUUGCUGGAGGCCAGCAGAGCAGGAGCAGCUGUGGAGAAGGCAGGUGCCCCGGCCGGUGUAUUCUCCUUCCCCUCCUAUGUGCAGCACAUCAUGGGUGAUAUUUUCUCUCUUGGGUUUGGACCGUUUCGCUGGGUGUGUACAUCUGGACUACCCAAUGACCUGGACAUCACUGACCAGCUGGCAUUGCAAGCACUGGAGACCAUCAUGAACAAGGGAGUAUCUGACUUAGUGAGGGUUCAGUAUCAAGACAACUGUCACUGGAUCAGAGAAGCAUCCAAACAUCAGCUGGUGGUUGGAUCUCAGGCUCGAAUCCUCUACUCUAAUGAUGAGGGAAGGAUUGCCAUCUCUCUAGCAUUCAACAACGCAGUGGCCAGUGGUCGCCUCAAGGGACCAGUUAUUAUCAGUCGAGAUCACCACGAUGUGAGUGGUACGGACAGUCCAUUCAGAGAGACUUCAAAUAUCGAGGAUGGGUCCAAGUUCUGUGCAGACAUGGCAAUACAGAAUGUGAUAGGGGAUGCCUGCAGAGGAGCCACCUGGGUGGCCAUUCACAAUGGUGGUGGAGUGGGCUGGGGGGAGGUCAUCAAUGGCGGGUUUGGUCUCAUGCUUGAUGGUACAGAGGAAGCUGCUGAGAAGGCUAAAAUGAUGCUACUCUGGGACGUCAUGAAUGGAAUUUCUCGGAGGAGUUGGUCUGGCCACCCAUUGGCUAAGGAGGUUAUCUGUGCAGCCAUGGCAACGGAGCCCAAGCUCAACGUGACUGUUCCCCACGAAGUCAAAGACACUGAAAUAUUGAACAGAGCUCUACAAUAGUGAACAUUAAUUUUUCAGUAGUGUAAUAUUUCAGACUAGAUAUAAUUUAUACCUCACAUAAUCAUGUACCAGCUAUAAUAGAAUAAUUACUUCUUUCUUUAUAAUUAUGUGUACACUUACAUACAAAAUGAAUAGUUAAAAUAAAAACAA